UUGAGACGGGGAACUUUCUUCCUGAUUUUUGGUCGGUAGCUACUUGAGUCUGAACUAUCUGUUAAAUUAGGCUGUGCUAUAAACUAGAAAGGAUGAGUUAUUGAUGAGCAAGACCGGAAAUUAUAUGCAAAUCAAUAUACUCAUAGCUCCUUUCAUUCUAUCAGCCUGUAGUUUCGAGAAUGCUUACCUUGUAUGGAUACACAUUGCAGUAGUUUUCCCCCGAACACAGUACAUGUCAAUCCCUUUUUUUUUUCUUCCAGUUUAUGCUCCUUUGAUUUGCGCUGAGCAUGAUAUACUAGUAUUACCAGCUGUGGCAACGUUUCUCUUCGGUUGUGCAUAAAGCCUUAAACUGUUCUACGUAUAUAUGAUUGCUAAAUAUUCAAGAAUGCUUCUCUGUUCGAGUUCGAGUUCCAGACAUUUCUAUAAUUCCAUGAUUCCUAUUAUGAAUGAUGACAGACAUGGAUAUUCAUUUCGGUUAUUGCACAAAGGGAACCUGGAGUUGUGUUAUUGAAGUCAUCUUCGAGAUUGUGAAAUUGUUGGAAUUACUUUGUUUCAUUAUUUACUCUCUUUUAUAUUCUUGUUUCAAAUAUAACUUUCAGCUCGAAUGAUGUUUAGCUAACUAUUCUAUGCUAAUCUCCAAACUCGUCUUGCUUAGAUCUCCAUAGUCGUCAAUUUGUGGGGAUAGUUUGAUGCAACAAGACUUAGACGACGCCUUCAAAGCUCUGACAAGAUUAGGUACUCGCAUUCCGAUAUCUGCUUGCAGGAGCAAUACCAUCAGUCCAUGCCCUUUUGCUUUCAAGGGUGAUGGGCACAUAUUCUACUAGUAGAAGAAGCAGGACUUGCUAUUUGACACCACUAUAGUGCCAUACUCCAAUUUAUAGUGAGGACUUUGGAUCAAAGGUCUGCUUUCUUUUUCGAAAGUUGAUGUCUCCCAUCAUUUUCCUGACAAAGAUUGACGUUGAGAAAAUGAUGUUCUGGUGUUCUCUAUCUUUUUAUGUGCUUGUUCUCCAUGGGAUAAUCAGUCAGCACCAAUUUCAAAAGUUUUACGUGAUUUUGAUGUGGUUGUUGCUGUCAAUUCAAUACAAAGGCACACUGAGCUUUUUCAAGUUAAAGUCGAGGUUGUAGUUCUGGACUUCAUAUCUGUACAUAGUUCUGUGAAAAAUUGUAAAAAAAAUCAGUGGCAUUCAGCAGGUUGAUUCUUGUAACCGGACAUUGUUUGCAAUGGACGAUAAAAUGGUAUGGUAGAAGUUUGUUUUACCAUAGCAUUACAAGAUCCGGACUAUGCCCAUUACUUUUACAGUAGCGAUAUACAAACUGCAGUUACAAUAGGUCUAUCUGUCUGAAUGAAUUCCGAAUUAGAUAACAGCUACAAUGAAUAUCUCCGCAAAUUGAUCUAGAAACGAAGUGUGUUGAUGAAUAUCGGAAAUUUAAGUAUUACUGAUAGUGAUCUGAAACUUGAGUGUAUUUGAGCCUUUUGCAUGCAGAAAAAUUAUCCUCGGUUAUAUAAGAAGUUUAGACCCCUUAUGACUGAGUACCUAUUUUUACAAUAUCCAAGAGAUAUGAACCAGACAAAUUAUAUUGCUUGUUCAACUAUUUUUGGAUCAUUUUGUAGAUCUCCUCUUUACCAAACAAUCUCUUAUCUUCUCCCUGAUCAUAUAACUAUUCAAACUCAUCGUUUCGAAUUUACCAUUGCAGUUACAGUUCCUCCUUGAAAACAAAGAAAUGAGCCAACAACAGCCACAAAGGCCUCAAUAUGAUGCUUCACAAGAUAUGGCAUCUGAUGAAGCAUCCGCCAUGCAGUCUGCGGCCAUCAGGAACGCUAAUGCAGCAGGUGGUCUACAUGUUAUUGCAGGGUCAGUUGGAGGACAGGCAGUUGAAGAAGAUGCUAAUAUGUCACCUGGUAUUGGGUCUAAAGAUGGUGACACAAUAACUAUUGGGGAAGCUUUGGAGGCAACAGCUCUGUCAGAAGCCGGGGACAAACCAGUGGAGAUCAGCGAUGCAGCUGCAAUACAGGCUGCUGAGGUCAGAGCCACCGGAAGCAGCCAAAUUAUUCCUGGCGGUGUAGCUGCCACAGCCCAAUCAGCAGCUAAUAUGAACUCGAGGACCACGGAUGAUGCAAACAAGACCACGCUUGGCGAUGUCUUGGCAGAUGCAAGUCUGAAACUACCAGAUGAUCAGCCAGUGAAAGCGGAAGAUGCAGAUCGAGUGAUUGGUGCGGAGCUGAGAAAUGACCCUGGAUUGACAGUGCAUCCCGGUGGAGUGGCUACAUCAAUGGCGGCUGCUGCUGAACUCAACAAAAAAAUGCAGUAGAUGGGAUUAAUUUGCUGGAUACAUUUUUUUCAGACAUAGCCACACAAAUAAAUAAAAAUCAUGUUAGAUCGUCGCGCUGGAAUAACAUUGUGUAUCCAGAACAAUGUAGUAAAACCAUUUUUAAAUUAGAGCCGAUUCCAUUGAAACGUUUCAAUCACUUACAGAUUCGAUAAAUUUUACAUAAUAUUUUACAUGUUCAGUUUA